AUGAUCCACGACCCUCAUGUUGAUGCCUUCCAGCCGCCAGAGGGCGACCGCGACAGGCGCGACGUCGGCCGCAAGAGCGGAGCCAUCAAGGAUGAUAAGGAAUCUGUCGGAAUCAAUAUGCGCAACGGAGAUGAGGUGAUGUCGGACUCGUCAGGUCGCCUUCAUGAUGCUCACUCCGGGAUGGGAGUCUCCGAAGAAGAGAUCUGCCUCUAC